AUGUCUCUGUCCCGAAGCCCGUCACCUGUCCCAGGUGGGGGGUGGUCGAGUCCCGGCUUGAAUAUCAACAGCGGCCGCUCAAGUCCUUCCAAUGCCGCUGGCAGCUCCUGGGAAUCCGCCAAGAUGAGGAAGCAAGGAGGUGCCAACGGCUACCCGUCCUUCUCGACGCAGAACCAGGGCUUCUUCACCCGACACAUGCGCCGCAUAUCCAGUAGUCUGCCACGAUUCAAUUCUGGCCCGGGCAAUACCUAUGCCGAGAGGGAAAAGUAUGAACGAGGAGGACACAUCCAGAACGGCGGAAGGAUACGAUCCUUCGCUGCCCGCAUUGGCAGGAGACUCAAGUGGAGGAUUCUUCUUCCACUAGUCAUAUUUUUCACCAUUGUGGUGUAUUAUGGCACCCAUGAGGCACCCGGCUUCGUUCACUGGUGGCGACGGAUUACUCUGGGCGGUGGCGGCGAGAAAUUCGUCAUAAUACUGGCAGCCAACGUCGGCGGAGGUGUCAUGGAAUGGAAGGGCGCUCGAGAAUGGGCCAUUGAACGAGACAGCGUACGCAACAAGCGGAAAUAUGCCACACGAUGGGGCUACGAUCUGGAAAUUGUCGACAUGAAAACCAAGAAGCGGUAUGCCCACGAGUGGCGAGAAAGCUGGGAAAAGGUCGACUUCAUACGGACUGCGAUGCGAAAAUACCCCAAUGCCGAAUGGUUCUGGUGGUUGGAUCUCAACACCUACAUCAUGGAGCCCUCAUACUCUCUUCAGCAUCAUAUGUUUAACCACCUCGAUCGUCAUGUGUACCGCGAUAUCAACGUCUUCAAUCCUCUCAACAUCACCCACCCCCUCACGGAUGAAUAUUUGGAUGCAGAGGAUUGCUCUGGAUUCAACUUGGGCUCCUUUUUCAUUCGACGCAGUGCUUGGACCGAACAACUUUUGGAUAUUUGGUGGGACCCAGUGCUGUAUGAGCAAAAACACAUGGAAUGGGAACACAAGGAACAAGACGCUCUCGAGCAGCUGUACCGUACCCAGCCCUGGAUUCGACAACAUACUGGCUUCUUACCGCAGCGAUUGAUCAACAGCUUCCCUACCGCUGCGUGUGGAGACGAAUCCGGUCUGAACAACACCCGGAUACACUACAACGAAAAAGAUCGCGACUUUGUAGUCAAUAUGGCUGGCUGCGAAUGGGGCCGUGAUUGCUGGGGUGAGAUGUAUCACUACCGGGAGUUCAGCUACUGGCUCAACCGAAACCCUUGGGAGCUCUUCAAGGAGGAGAUUGUGGCCCUCAUCUGGUUCAAACUUACUGGCCAGAGAGUCAAGCUAUAA